AAAAGUAUAAAACCCAGAAAAUGAAAGGGACAGAAAUCCGAAAUCUCACUUGUCCAUCACUUCGUAACAUCGGCGACGAUAUCUGGGAAUUCCCUAUUUCUCAUACUCUAGCGUGCCGUGCAGAUCGGAAUCUGCAAAAUGGUUUACAUCACAUCGUGGGAUGAUUUCGUUGAAAAAUCUGUUCAGCUAUUUCGCGCUGAUCCUGAAAAGACUCGGUAUGUAAUGAAAUACAGGCAUUCCGAUGGUAAAUUGGUUCUCAAAGUCACCGACGAUAAAGAGUGUAUAAAGUUCAAAACUGACCAAGCUCAAGAUGCCAAGAAAAUGGAAAAGCUUAACAAUAUAUUUUUCACCCUAAUGGCUCGUGGAGCUGAUGCGGAUAUAUCAGAUGUGGGUGGAAAAGACAAUCAAGAGUCCCAGCCAGCCAAGAGAGGGAGGGGACGGAAACAAUAGACGAUAGUCAAAAAUGAUUUUCAUUUUGUCAGGUAUACGAUAGUGAUGGGUAUUUUUUUUUCACCACCUACAUUAUUUUUAUUGCAGACUCCAGUUUUCCCCCUUUUUGACUGCAAACUGAAUUUUUUGUGGAAUGUGAUUAUGUGAAUUUAUUCUAGAUCGUUGAGACUUCUGUUUGAAGUUAUUGUUAAUGUUGAACAAUUUAGGCGUUAAAACAGGA